AUGAGCUCCCCUUCGACGUACCUCAUCACUGGUGCAAACCGCGGUAUCGGCAAGGGCUUUGUCCAGCGGAUCCUGCAGAAGCCAUCCACCACUGUCAUCGCCGCUGUCCGUGACCCCUCGCACCCAACAUCGACGGCACUGGCCGACUUGCCCAAAGGAACUGGCACGAAGCUUAUUACUGUCAAGCUGGACUCGGCCGUCGAGACUGAUGCAGCUACCGCCGUGGCUGAGCUGCGCGAUCAGGGCAUCACCUCUCUGGACAUCGUCAUUGCCAACGCCGGAAUCGCCCAGGGUGGUAGCAGCGUUCGUGAGACCUCUGUCGCCAACACACUCAAACACUUCAAAGUCAACGUUCUCGGUCCUUUGACUCUCUUCCAGGCCACCAGGGACCUGCUCAAGGCUAGCAAGACUGGCAGCCCCAAGUUCGUUGCCAUCUCCACCAUCAUGGGAUCCAUCGGCUCGCAAGAAAUGUUUUCCUUCUUCCCCGAGACCUCAAGUCCGUAUGGUGGUAGCAAAGCGUCUUUGAACUGGUUUAUCCGCCUCAUCUCUUUCGAGGAGCCCUGGUUGACCAGCUUCGUAUUCCACCCUGGCCUGGUCGAGACGGAUCUCACGGCUGACAGUGGGAUGGACCUUAAGGCUCUAGGCGCUAUUACUGUGGAGACAAGUGUGUCCAAUAUGAUUCAGACAACGUUUGAGGUUGAGCCUAAGGAGCUGAGCGGGUCGUUUAGGAACUAUGAUGGUACCGUGAUCCCUUGGUAA